CCUGCCUCCCACUCGAAAAGAAAGAUAAGGGGGCCCCACCCGGCAGCGUCUGCUCUCAGCAUCCGCAACGGCCAUGGCCUUCGCCGCCAUCCACGCCCGCCUCGCCGUCUUCCCCCCUCGCCUCAGCGCCGCCGCGUCGUCUCUCCGCUUCGUACCUCCCCGCGCCCGUCUCCCGCAGCUCAGGACUUCAGCCGGAUACCGCUGCCUCCGUAGCCCGCGGUGCCGCCGGCCGUGUCGCGCUCGCGCCGGCUGCAUCUCCAUCACCGCGUCGCUCGACCUCACCGAGGACAACGUCCGGCAGGCCAUCGUCGACGCUAAAGCCGAGCUGGCCCAGCUGUUCGACACGUCGGUCGGCAUAACAGGACAAGUUGAUCUGGCGGAGCUGGACGGGCCGUUCGUGAAGCUCCGACUGAAGGGAAAGUUCUGGCACACCCGCGCCACCGUCGUCGCGCGGAUAGGCAACUACCUCAAGAACCGUAUACCGGAGAUUUUGGAAGUGGAGAUCGAAGAUGAGGACCAGCUCGACGACAGCCCCGCGGCUUACUGAGAUUACUGAAGACCUAAACUGAAGUUGUUGAAGGACCUAAUACAUAUACCAGAACAGAUUAUUCUAGCACUUUCUUCGCUAGCAUGGUAAGGGCCUCCAGGGAUUUGCAUCGGCAUAGAUGAAGUGUUUGCACCAGCUACAAUUUCUGGUUCCAGAGAUAUGAUAUUUUAAUGUAUUUCUUCAGGGUAAAGAACAUGCGAGUCAUUGCUGAGGGCGCCUACUUUUCUCAGUACCACUGGGUUUGGUAGGAUCAUAUUUUUGUAAGUGUGCACCGUCUGUACCAAACAAUUUUUCUCUCUUAAUUAAUAUAUAAGGCAAAAAAAUUGCCUCCGUUUCGAGAAAAA